UAUAAAAUGGUUCAAAUCUUAAAGACUAAAGGUGAAUUCGACACUGCUCUCGAGUACGAAGGUUUAGUCGUCGUUGACUUCUUUGCAACUUGGUGUGGCCCAUGUAAGGCAAUUGCUCCUACCUACGAAACUUUCCCAGAAAAGUACCCAGACGCUCGUUUCUACAAGGUUGAUGUAGAUGAAUCUAAGUCCUUGGCUCAACUCAACAAUAUCACUGCUAUGCCAACUUUUGUUUUCUUUAGAAAUGGUGAAGAAGUUGAUCGUGUUAGAGGUGCUGACUUACACAGAAUUAUUAAGAUUCUUGAAGAAGACAAGAAGAAUCAUGGUAAGAAACAUUAA